GCGAACUUUAAUUACACGGCGUCACGAAAGAAAGACGCUUCGCGCGAUAACGGGAUUUUCGAUUAUCUCAAAAAGUAGAUAACGACCAUUAUACACGUGUAAAUUAACGUAGGGAUGAUUCAGACUCGAGAUUUCUCUCUGGCUGAGAUGUGUGCAUUUAAAGAAAAUAAAUUGUAGUUUUGCCAAAUAGUUUUAUAAAAUAUCAGGAGAAAAAAAGUUAUUUUGAAACCAUUAAAAUACAGUUACGGUAACAAAUAUGCUAUUAACAUUACUCCCGUGUGUGUAAUCAAUUUAAUAUUACUAUGGAGCAAUGAGCGUUAAGUGAUUCAAAGAUAGCAAUAACGUUUACAACUAUAAAUUAAUAUUAAAUCGACAAUCUGUUCAAGAAUUGAAGAUGUCAAAUUUAUUUUUUCAAAAUUUCUUUUUUUUUUUAAUUUUACAACCUCUUUUGAUAUCAUGGAACUUUCAGAUCGCGAUCGAUGCCCUGCUGUAUACGGUGCAUUCUGAUGCAAGGCUGUGCACAGAUUUGCAAAACAGAUUUUAUUAAUGGCAAUUUUGACGCAACGAGUCGGGCAAUGACACGCGGCUGAAUAUGCAACAAGCGACGCGAGUAUCAAUCAAAUUAUUACGCCAACUUGUUCCGCGUGACAGCCGUAGGAGCAGUUUGCUGACACAAUAGCCUGCAUUGUACCCCGCGAAGUACAAAGUACAAAACAUAGUUUUGUACUCAUACAACGUAGAUCGUACGCUUUAUUUGCACCUUUGAUAGUGAUGUGAUUUUACCGAUAAAAAAAUAAAAAAUUUCUUCAUCUUUGAGAUAAUCGUUUCUAAAUAGAAGCAUAGGGCAAACGAAAAAUUUACCAAUUUUAUCGCAAAAUCUUCAUUGAGUAAUACCCCACUUUCCAUCCCUCAACCUCGCGCGGCCGUAAGGUCUACGGAGGCCCAGAAACGCAUCCGGCGACCGUGUCCCCUCUUCUCGCAAAACCGUCGCUCGCACUGUCCGGUUCGCGUUAGCUUUACACGGAUCUCCCGGUCGCGCACGUGCAUGUGUACAACUGCAUUGCGAAAGAAUUAUACGGGGCACAAGGUCCGAUCGGCCGCUCGCCGCUCAGAUUUUUACCAAUCGAAGGUUACGUAUCGCGGAGAGUUGCGUUUAAACCGUACGCACGCCACAAUGCAUACCUCUUCUCUCCGCUCCGCUCUUUCUCUUUAACGACUGCCGAUUUUCUCGCCGUCCUCCGUUCUCCCUCUUUGUGACGCGGAGUUCACGAUCGUGAGUCAUAGCCAAGCGAAGGAGUCAAGACCGAAUAGUCGGGGAUGAGAUUUCAAAUGUGCAAAUUUUUCAUCAAACAAAUUCGUAAAUCUACGCGAAACAUGUGUGAUUGCCAGGGACAAUGCAACCCUAAGAUCGCCAAUUUUGUAAUUCACUAUCAACGUGUCAACCAAAUCAAUUAAAAUUUUCUUUGAUAAAAAUUUAUGUUCAUAUAGAAUGUUCAAAAAUGUAAAAAAAUCGAAUAAAUCACGCUAUUUUCAUUCACUUUUAAUUUAACUCAACAUUAUAAUUUAUGAAUGGUGUUCGUAGCUUCGAACUACAAGUCCAAACCGUGAGUUACUCGGAUCUCGGCCAUCUCGGUCCAUCCUGUCGCCCUCAUCCCCUCCAAACAAGGACAAUGUGGACAACGGCGACGAAGAGGAUGACUCCAACGACGGCGAAGACGCCGACGACAAACGACCGGCACGACGCGGAGGAAGAAGAAGAAAAGAGAGACGAGUGUUCGGUGAAGCCUACCGACCGGCUAUUUGGAACACGGUCGAUCAGUUCCUUCGGCGCCUUCGUACCGUGGACGCGGACUUCCUUUGUCGCCGAUUUCGAACGCGCGCCUCCAUUCCAGGCCGAGGCAAAACGCGUCGUUUUUCCGAAUCGAUACCAACCCAAAAGGAUUAACUGAGCUUUCUAAAUCUGCGAACAAGUGAACUGACUAGGGAGAAUGUUUCGCGAGGUAGUUUGGAACAGUUCAUGAUAAAGCCAGGAAUCGAUCGAUUCAUUUUAAAAGAAUCCACCGGAACAAAAUUCACUUUAACUGGGCAAGGAAGUUACGGAGUUUUGCCUUUUUCCGGUAAGGUCGCCGGGAAAGUCCUCGACAAUAGCGCGAUACGAUAUCAGCAACGGCACAAUGUCGGAGGGUUGCACGAGUUGCAGAGGCGCGAAUUAUGCGAGUGGCACUUUGCAAUUAGGCACAACUGCCGGUGGCAAUACCGGAAACUCGUCGUCCACGUCUGGGACGACCUGUACAACAGCGAGAAGAGUCCAGGUCCGCGCAAAAGUAUUAUAUGGUACGGGCAAAGCAAUAGCGAGCUUGCAAGCUCAAGAAAAAGCAGCCAAACACUGAGUCUUAUACUUUCUUCCCUCUUCUGUGCACUGUCAUCGAAACCGGGGAAAGCAAACGAUGAAGCAGAACAUUACACUAAAAGCCAAACGUCAAAUCACGAAGUAGGAAUUUCCGGCAAACACGAGCUAUCGUUUUUCACAUCGACGGAUGCUCUGAGGAAGCGAGUAAAUAUUUCAUCGGACUACAAUCCUUUAACCCCGGAUAUCCAAGAAAGCAACGUAAAUACUUCGUAUCCUGUCGAAGCAACACGCUUGAAAUACAUACAUCCGUUGCUAAAGAAAGAAAUAGAAAAGGUAGCAGUGGAUGUGUUACAGUCGAGAGAUUCCGACGGAAUCACAUACAUUUCUGUGAAAGAGACGAAUCAGGCGGGAGAUGGCAUCCGACAUGAAUUUUUGAACGCAUCGCUCAUUUCUGAAAGUACCAGAGUAACAGAACCGGUGGCAAGAGAAAAAGAAAAUGAAAAAACCAAAAAGACGGAAGAUAAGCUCGACGAGAAAUCUUUGACCGAAUCGCUGAAUAAUGGAAGUAUCAAAAUUAACAUUUCAAAAUCGUCGAGCAAUGUAAAAAGUAACACCCAGCAACAAGUGAAAUUUCUUCAAGAACGGAACGAUGGCGUCGAAGCAAAUUGCGAUUCUGACAUUGAUAUUGAUAUUUUAAUGGGGCAGGUACACUCCGCUAAAAAGUCGGACGACAUGCCGAUUCAAAAGAUCAAUGUAAUCACGGAAACGCAGAACGAUGAAUCGAAAGCCGAUAAUCUAACUCUGGAGAAUCGCACCGAUCAAGAGAAUUGGAAAUUCGAAGAAAAUGGUCUAAUGGAAGCCGCAAAUUUUGGAUUACAAGCUAUGCAUGAUCUUUAUUAUAUUCAGGAACCUAAAUUAUAUUCAAUGGGUCUUUAUCUGGAGAACGAUAAUCCAGCGAGAUACGUGGCGGCUUUUAACGAUCAGUCAGAGGAAGCAAAAGAUCUCGCGAGAUUCGGGUAUGCAGCCCUUCAAGGUACCACUAUGUUCUUGAAUAAAUUUCCUAAUACGCCACUGGAGUUACCUUUAUUUCGAAAUAAGCUUACCCGAAGAACUUCGUUGGAACAACAAUGUCCUCGAAGAGAACCACCUCAAUGUCCACGGGCUAGCCUAAGAUACAGAACGUCUGACGGUAGCUGCAAUAAUCUGCAGAACCCCUGGUGGGGUUCCGCGAUGUCUGCCAUGCAAAGAUUUCUUCCGUCGGAAUAUCACGAUGGUGUUCAAAGUAUUAGAAGGUCAAAAAAUGGCAGGCCACUCCCAAGCGCACGAGAUAUAACAAACUUAAUUCACGAAAGCAAAGACGUACCAUUGGCUUCCAUUACUCACAUGCUAAUGCAGUGGGGACAGUUUAUAGAUCAUGACUUGACAGCAACUGGUCAAAGCAGAGGAUUUAAUGGCACAAUACCACAAUGUUGUUUACAAAGAGGCACUGGUUUUCAACCACCAGAGUUCAUGCAUCCGGACUGUCUUCCAAUAGCGGUGAAUCCGAGCGACAAAUUCUAUAGUCCUUUGGGCGUAAGAUGUCUGGAAUUCCUCAGAAGCGGACCGGCUCCUAAAGAAGACUGCGAAUUUGGCCCGAGAGAGCAAUUGACCCAGGUGACCAGUUAUUUGGAUGCCUCUAUGGUUUACAGCAGUAACGCCAUGCACAGUGACAGUCUGAGAAUAUUCCGGAACGGUUUACUGCAAUAUGGAAAAAUACAGUCGCGAAGACCUCCACUUUUGAAACGAGAAUCAGAUUUGUGCAAACGCGGGGCUUUGUCUACGACUUGCUUCCGGGCUGGCGACGGACGUCUAAGCGAGCAACCUGCUCUCACGUCCCUGCACGUCGUCUUUUUAAGAUUGCACAACAGAAUAGCCACUGAACUAUCCACUCUCAACUCCCACUGGAGCGACGAGAAACUUUUUCAAGAAACUCGAAGGAUCGUCGGCGCAGUGGUUCAACAUAUAACUUAUCGAGAGUUCCUGCCAAUCAUUCUUGGCCCUCAGGUAAUGAGAAUCUUUGACCUAGAGGUUCUUAAAAAAGGUUACUACGAAGGAUACGAUCCAACUGUAAAUCCUACCAUUGCGAAUUCAUUUUCUGCAGCAGCUUAUCGAUUCGGACACUCAUUGGUUCAGCAAAGUUUUAUUAGGUUUGAUAGCGAUCACAGGCCCAUCUUUAACAACGUUUCAAUCCACGAUGAGUUCAGCAAUCCUGUGAAUUUGGAUGCGGCGGGAUCCGUCGAUCGCCUUCUCCUAGGCCUAGUGAAUCAACCGUGUCAGAAGCGAGAUGAGUUUAUAAGCGACGAAAUGACAAAUCAUCUUUUUCAAACGCCCGGAUUCGCAUUCGGCAUGGAUCUCGCCUCUAUUAAUAUUCAACGAGGCAGAGAUCACGGCUUAUCACCCUACGUGCGAUGGCGCGAGCCUUGCGGCUUGUCCCCGAUAAAAACUUUUGAGGAUCUUGAUAGAGUGAUGUCACUGAGCGUUUCAAGAAAAUUUAAAUCGUUAUAUUCGUCGGUGGAGGAUAUCGAUCUUUUUUCGGCCGGUCUGGCGGAAAAAUCGGUAAUUGGCGGUCUGGUCGGUCCGACUUUUGCUUGUAUAAUCGCUCAGCAAUUCAGUAAUCUGCGACGUGGCGAUCGAUUCUGGUACGAGAAUCCCGACAGCGAAAGUAGUUUCACCGUCGGUCAAUUGCAACAAAUCAGACAAAUCACUUUAGCCCAAGUAUUGUGUCGAACGAUGGAUGGCAUUCAGACGAUACAACCGUUCGUUUUUCUCGCGACGGACACGUUGAAGAAUCAACGUCUCUCUUGCGAUGAUUCGGCUAUUGGACAUUUGGACCUCGAACUCUGGGCCGAACGGUCAUCUGAAUUCAAUAGCGACAUUAACAAUUCGCAGAAAGCUAAACGAACAACGACCGACACAAAUAAUUCUGUUUCUAAGUUAAAAGAGGAAAAUGUCAAUCCUAGGAAGAAAAUCCAUAAUUCCGAAGAGCUAAAGCCUAUAAAUCUAAGGCCUGCAAGUCCAAAGCCUUUGCGGAAUAGUGUUAAUCAACAGAAUAAAAUCAUCGUAAAGAGACCAGUGGGGCGUCCGGAUAACAAUAACGUUACGAUCGUUGUCCAGAACAAUGCUGUAAACGCGCCUGUUUUCGUAAAUGAAGGUAUUUACGGUUCGCAUAUCAAAAUACAGGAACAGCCUCCUGUCAGACCCAGCUCGAAUCUCAACCAUCACAUAAUAAGUUCUUUGUAUCAGCCACAAGGAAAACCGAUAUCGACGACUAUUCCUCAUUCGAGUAUUUAUUUAGCACGUCAUCCGUAUGUUCCUUACGCUUUUAAAGAUCCUCAUAAUCCAAAUCCAUUAGUCUAUGGAUAUAGAUCCCCUGCUCUCGCCCAAGAUAACAUUUUUUACGACAACUACUCUGCCACUAGUCCUAGGCCUACUCUCUACACUUAUUACACAAAUUUCCAACAGACAUCUACUACCAAAAAGCCAGAAGUCGACGGUUACUUGAUCAAUUACGGAUUCUUGUCUCAUGAUUCACUUUCAGCAUAUACUUCCGAAGCACCUAACUUUUCCGAAAAUUUCGAACACUACGAAUUAAACGAUGAACGAAAACCGCAGAAACCGAAUUAUGGUAGUCUUCAACAUUCGACAAACAUACGGUUGACCAGCCCGAAUUAUGCAUUAAGUGAUGAAUCUUAUACGCACAGACCAAGUUAUGAUGGACAUAAAUUUUCAACAACUACGCGGCCAAAUUUUCGACCGAAUUAUGCAUCGAAUGAUGAAUCUCAUCAUAUGCAUAGACCAAAUUAUAAUACAUAUAAACCUUCAACCGCACGACCAAAUUCUCGCCCGAAUUAUGUAAUAAAUAAUGAAUCUUAUAAUACGUACAAAUCAAGUUAUGAUGGAUAUAAAUUUCCAACGCGGCCGAAUUUUCAAUCAAAUUUUGAAUCAAACGAUAAAUUAUAUAUUGAACUAGAUAAUAAUAAACAUAAACCUCAAGAUAACUCGCGACCAAAUAAUAAUUUAUAUAAUGGACUAAAAUCAAUUUAUAAUAAAUUUACAUCUUCAACAAAUUUGCGACCAGAUGGACCGAAUCAGGAAUCACAUGUUAUACAAAGACCAAACGUAAAUUUACAUUUACAAAAUGAUUUGAUUAACAGACCAAACGGAGGUUAUCCUACUAAUCCUAAUAGACCGCAAUACCAUGAACAAUGGAAUUCAAAUGACUAUCAAAAGAUGCCUAAUGAGAAACCGUACGAUUACGACGAUCCUGAUGCACAUCAAAAAAAGCCGAAUAUUAAACUAAAUUAUAGCACUGAUAAUUCCUACCAAACAUUAUCGACUACUAGACCAAGUGACAAAUAUAAUUCUCAAUUUUGGAAAAAAGACUCGCUGCAUUCUAUCAAGGAUCCUGUACAAAGUGGACUUUAUGGAUCUGUUCCGAGUUCUGGCACAAAUAUUCCUUCUUAUCAAGAAGAUACACUUACAUAUUCGAGUACUUCAUCUUCUACAAAUAAAUACUAUGCUGCUACUCCGGUUUAUCAAAAAAUACUGUCAUCUACGCAAAACAUUUGGACGGAUGUCUCAUCCUAUGUGAAAGAAGGCAGUACUCAAUCUUCUUUUAGCAAAGAUCCGUUUUAUAAUUUACUUCUAUCUUCUCCCCAGAAACCAACAAACCAGCCGAUCUAUCAGAAAGACGAAGAAUUAAAAUUAUCUUCAAAAGUUUCAGUCGACAAACCGUCUGUCGCUAUAAAUUCAUACGAACAUGAUUCUUAUAAAAAUUUCAUAAAACUAUCUAGUUUAAGUGAUCAAUUAUUAUCGAGCACUCCGUAUUGGCCAGAAACUUCGACGAUUAGUGAUCAAAUACAUAAACAAGAGGAAAAGUUCAAACCUAAACCAACAAAAGUACAAAGUGUCACAAUCGUCAGUGAAACAUUCGAAACAAUCCAUCAUCCUGGUCAUUCUGGAUAUACAUCUCAACACGAAGUUACUAGUGAAAUGCCAAGACCAUUGGCGCAACAGAUAAGGAAUAACGUAUCAAUUACCAAGAAAGCUGGACAGUAUUAUUAUGAGAGAAACGUGUUGCAUCGAUAUCCGGGCGAAAUAGUCGACCAAAUUCCCAAAAGUAAUCUCUAUUUAACGCAGAAACUUGAAGAAACACUUGUUCGGGAUGGAGAAACGACAUCUGAAAAGAUUGCAGUAAAAGGACCGAUUAUUGAUAAUCCCGUAACAAACUUUGAAGUGAUCCAAAGCGACGAAGGUAAAUCGACGACACCUACGCUUGUGAUCACCGAUCAGGAUCGCAAUGAUAAUCGCAAAGGUGACACAGUGGAUGACCUCCAACAUACUUUCUUGACAGGUAUUGAAAGUGUUGCACCGGUUGACAUUCCUAAGAGAACGAAUCAUUGGAUGAAUUUGCAAGAUCAGAAUUUAUCGGCGAUGUUGGAAAUACCCGCAGUUUCUUCCAAUGAAUCCGCGAGUGCCAAGGAAUUACCUAAACCCAUUAAAUCGCGAAGUCACGCUACUUAAAGUUUUACGCUUCUUAAUUCGUCCUUAGUACUUUCGAUUCUCGAAUGAAAUGAAAACAGUAGAAAGGGAGAAGUUUUCAGAAUUAUUUCACUUGUUAAUGAAUAUCACAAAUUCGUUUGUUAUGAAAAAGUACAAAAAUAUUAAAUCAACAUUAUAUAUACAAAAUUACAAAAUAUUUAUUUUAUAAUUUAACCUUUAUUCUUUUUAGUAAAUGUAAGUAAAUAUAUAUUAUCGCAUUUAAUAAAAUAUCUAUACGUUUAGAUGCCAAAGUUUCAAAGAAUUAUUCAUCUGCAAGCUUUUUUUAUGUAAAAUCUCAUAUGUCACAAUUUUAUAACAUUACUUUUAAAUCAUCUUAAAUAAAUUCUGAAUAUUUAUAAAUAAUUGAAUUUGCAGAAAGGCUUUACUUAUGUGUUACCUAUUUUAAGCCUGAAUCAUUCAUUUAACAUAUAAAAAACCGUAUAAAAGAAUUAUAAAACCAAGUAUAAAAUAAAAGUCUAUUCAUUGUCUAUAUAUUAUUACAUAUCGAAAGAGUAGUUUAGAUUUUAGAAUAUAGCGUAGACUUUAUGGGAAUUCAGGUUAUAAAGGUGUUACUAUAUCUAAUAUAUUGGAACUAAGUAGUGCAUUCUAUUUUCAGAUGCUGUUUUCAACAAAACGUUCUUUUAUAUAGUAUUUAAUAUAAUAUGCAAUAUCUGUUAUGUUGUAAUUGUCAAAUCGUAAACAAUUAAAAAACAUCUAUUAAAAAUA